AAAAAUAUAUAGAUAUAUAGUAUAUGUAGAGAUUUUUGUUACUGUUAACUGCGGGGCGGAGCGGGACGAUGGUCACCAUUCGAAACCAAAGUUGAAUUUCGAGUAAAAAUUAAAAUUAGAGUAAAUAUUUACUCUAACAAAUACAUCCAGUCACACUCCUCAUCUAACAAAAAUCUAUUACAUUAUUUUAUUACUUUAAUCUGUAACCUUUCUUUUUUUUUUUUUUUAUCAAAUACUUCAUUCUUUCUUUCUUUUUGGUGUAAAAUAACAUUUCUCUUCUUGUUAUAAUCUCAUAAGAAUACUAAUUGUGCAACAUAAACAAAGUUAGAGUGAGUGUUUCAAAAAAAAAAAAAAAAACAAAGUUAGGAGUGAUGGUAAUAACCAUGCACGAUGAGACCUGUAUAUUGUUUAACUGAAAUUUCUAAAUUCAUCCAUAGAUCAAUUAAUAUGGGUAAAUAGUUAAAUACACAACUAGUAGCUCAGAAAUAUAUAUACAUACAUGCAGCAGGCAUACCAUCUACCAUGAAUAUGUAAAUGGCAUAUAUAUAGACAUGAGUGGAAUGAACGAAGAAGAUUGAGGUUGUGUAAUAUUCGGCUGCAAUCCACUAUAUGCCAAAAAGGAAAGACAACGUUUAAGCCAAAAGAAGAAAAAGUAGUGAACAUUGAACAAUAAUGGUACGUUGCCUCGUUGCUUUGAUGUCUUUACACAUGCUGUUUUCUUCUACUCAUAGAUACCAAAAUUCGCUUUCCUUUAUCACCUAAACUCCAUGCAUAAACCAACCAAGCUCAUAUAUGGAAGUCUUUGCAUAAACCAACCAAACUCAUAUACAGAAGUCUUUGCAUAAUCUUCUUUUGUCCUGAGAACUGAUUCAUCAAAAUAACAAGUCAUUGUUGAUAUCGACACAUCAAUUAAAAUAUGUUCAUAUCGUCGAAAAAAUAAUCAUCUGAUUUUUUCGAUAAUGGCCAGGAUAACUCAACUGGUCAAACAUAUGACUGAAAAUCCUCAUAUCACAAGUUCAAAUCUGCAGCUUUGUGGCAUAAUUAAUUAAUUUUGAUAAGUUUGACACUAAAUCACUGUAUACCAUAUACUAAAUUUCUAAAUCCUCUCUUCUGGCGAACCAUUGGCAUGCUUGGUAAUGAAAGUUAGGCUCGACAUGAAGACAGGAAAAAUGAGAGAGGAUUACCAAGCAUGAGGUGCCAUAUAUCUCCUGUUUAUAGAAAUUAAAAGCAUGAGUGAGGUGUACUGUGUACACCAUCUUGCUUUUAUUCGUGUGACUUUGAUUUUUGGUUAGAUAAACUUUAGAUCGUAUGGAAUAUCAGGUUUGCAACAUUUUUUGUCAUCCACACAAAUUCUGGAGAAUUCGUAGUACAUAUUCAACCCAUUCUACAGUCUACGCCAUUAUGUUUUCCAUAUAUGUAUUCCGAAAAAGAAGAAAAAAUAUAAUGAUCGAUCCUUCAUAUAUAUUAUUCAACGUGUUUAAUUAAAUAUUAUCUACUAUAUUCCAAUGGAUUCGCAAUUGUUUAUUAUGUUUUUGCUACUUUGAUGAAGAAGCCAUUUUCUAAACUUUAACGAUUAGAUAAAUUCGAGAAGGUUGUAAUUUGUUUGGAUUUGAUAUGAGAAUAUUCUCAAGUCCAUGAUUCCAAGCCGUCCAUUCCAUGGAUAAAAGGGCACGUGGCACGAACUUACGUAUACAAAACCGACCAAACCACCCCCAAAAACUUGUCACAGUCAGAGACCAAUAUUAAUCAUUCUUCCCUAUUUUAUUUUGAUGGGUUCUUCAUCAAAGGUGCAAUUAUGUCAUGCACACUCCUAUUAUUCCCGUUGCGUUACUCUCCCCACCUGACCUCCACUUAGAACACCCUCAUUGAAGAUAACUCAACCGGUUUCUCCCAUUAAACAAAUAAAAAUUAAUUAAAACAGAUGAAAGAGAAUGAGAUGGAUAUUUUCAUUAGAGACCCAAAAAAAAAUAUUUAGAACCCCCAAUUAACACCUGUCUUUGUAUUAAUGUUUUAAACACUCUUUUUGUUGUAAAUUUAAUAACAUAAUUACUAUAUCAUAUUUAUAUUACUGAUUAUUCUCUUAGGAGGCUUAUUUUUGUUUUCCACAUAACAGUGUUAGUUAAUAAUCCAUAUAAAAAGAUUCGAGCCCUUUAAAAUAUUGGCCCAUACUUUGGGCUUAUAUUAAACCACAAUUAUGAAUGGGCUGACAUUUUAGUCCACAAACCCCCACUCAAGAUCCAUCUGCGGCGGGUCUGGUAAUUGAGAAAAAUCACUUUUCACAAAAAUAAAUAAAUAAAAAUUAGCGAGAAAAUAUAUAAUUCCAAGCGACGAACUAACAACAACUCGAGCCGAGCCACGCACUACACCAGUCCACACUGAGUUGAACCGGAGACUAACCCAACCAUUGAUUUCGUUUCCGAAAAUUCGACGAACUAACUAGCCUCUCUCGCUCGCCGGCCGUCGCUGCCCACCGUCAGAUUGAAAUCCCCUCCGCCGCUAGUAAACUUCCAUUUCUUAAUCUCAGCUUUAAGUUUUUAUCCUGAAGAGCUUCAAGUUUUUGAAGCAAACAGAGGCAUUGUAUAGUAGGAUGUGUCUCCCAUUUCUUGUAGCUGAAUGUGCAACUAUAAUUUCUUUUUAAGGGGCGAUACAGUGGCUUGGUCAUCAACUCCAUUACCAAUGACAGAAAGUUAUCUGGCCAUCAUGAAACGAGAGAUGAUGCAGUCCUACAUCUGGCUUAAAACUGCCGAUGGUUCAAUUCACCGAGUGGAAAAAGAGAUUGCGAUCUUCUUUCCCAUGAUAUGUCAAGAGGUUGUAUGCAAGGGUGUUGGAACUUCUAAGAAUCAUGCAAUAUCGCUCCCACAGCAAGUAAAUCAAGCUACGCUCAGCUUGAUUCUUGAUUACUGUAGAUUUCAUCGAGUGCAUGGACGUUCAAACAAGGAACGAAAAACUUAUGAUCAAAAAUUCAUCCGGAUGGACACAACGAUGCUACGUGAGUUGGCCUCAGCCGCUGACAGUUUACAGCUGAAGCCUUUGGUUGAUCUUACUUGUCGCACGCUUGCACGAAGCAUGGAAGGAAAAACCCCUGAGGAGAUGAGAGAGAUACUUAAUUUUCCUGAUGACCUUAGUCACCUUACUGACGAGGAGAAAUUAGUGCCUCUGAAGAACACAAUGGAUGAUCCAGGGAUUCGACUACUGAACAGAUUGAACGCAAAGAAAAGAAAGGAGCUAAAAGAAGGAGAGAGAUUGCAGAAUGUUGAGGUUGAAGAACAUGUGGACGAACGUUCUGUGGAUGACCUGGUAUCGUUUAUAAACGGCGGAGAUGCCAAGGUGGUAAAGACGUCAAAGGGGAAAAGGAGGAACAAGAACAAGAAGGACAAGAAGAUUGUUUCCUCAAAUGAAAAGGAAGGAGCCGAAGAGACUGGAACCAUCACGAGACAGGUAGAGGUACCCAACUUACCUAGUACGGAAGAUGACAUCUUUACGCCAAAGGCCGGGUCUGAAGAUGGAGAUUCAGAUGAUGAAAUGGAUCCAGCCAUGAAGGAAAUGCUUGAUAGAGAGGUGGAAGAUUUUGCUCGAAGAUUGAACUCCAAUUACGUUAGAUCUCGAGGACAAGAAAGAAGGCUUGUUCACUUUUCCAUAAACGGAAACGGGACUACAAGACGGCAUAUAGGGUAUGGUUUGGAUGUGAAGAUCAAUCUUCAGGACACAAUUGAUAAAUUCAAUGGCUUGGCACAGUUUUGGUUGGUUGUAUGAGCAAAUAGGAGAGAGACAAUGAGCUUCACCAGUCACUGAAGUAGAUGCAGUUUUGACUAGAUUUCUUUACUUUGUAAUGACUGAUCCUUUUAUUUGUAAAAACACGUUUUGAGUAUCCAAUUCAGAGUCCAAUUCUAGACUAGUUUCUUGUUUCAGUUUGUUUUUAUAUAAACUCACAAGCCAAAUAAGGAAUACGUAUUCCAUUGUUUA